CAUAUGACUUUAGCCUGAAAGGAGGAGUUGCACACGCACAGUCUCCGCUGUUGCAGGAGCUCGGGAGCUGGGGACGAGACACAAUGAAACUUAUCAUCCUAGAUGAUUUCCUUCAGGCCAGUGAAUGGGCUGCCAAGUACAUCAGAAACCGAAUCAUCCAGUUUCAACCAGGCCCUGAAAGGUAUUUCACCCUGGGGCUUCCGACAGGGAGCACUCCUCUUCAGUGCUACAAGAAACUGAUUGAGUAUCAUAAGAAUGGGGACCUCUCCUUCACUUACGUGAAGACAUUUAACAUGGACGAGUACGUGGGCCUCCCACGUAACCACCCUGAGAGCUACCACUCCUUCAUGUGGAACAACUUCUUCAAGCACAUUGACAUUUUGCCUAAAAACACCUAUAUCCUGGAUGGGAAUGCAGCUGAUCUGCAGGCAGAAUGUGAUGCUUUUGAAAAGAAGAUCAAGGAAUCUGGAGGGAUUGAGCUUUUUGUUGGAGGUAUUGGCCCUGAUGGGCACAUUGCCUUCAAUGAGCCUGGUUCAAGUCUGACAUCUAGGACCCGAGUGAAGACUCUGGCCAUGAAUACCAUCCUGGCCAAUUCUCGGUUCUUUGAUGGAGAUCUUUCGAAAGUCCCCACGAUGGCUCUGACUGUGGGUGUGGGUACAGUCAUGGAUGCCAGAGAGGUCAUGAUCUUAAUUACUGGUGCCCACAAGGCAUUUGCACUACACAAGGCCAUUGAGGAGGGGAUAAGUCACAUGUGGACUGUGUCUGCCUUCCAGCAGCACCCCCAUACAAUAUUCGUGUGUGAUGAAGAUGCCACACUGGAGCUUAAAGUGAAAACUGUUAAGUAUUUCAAAGGGUUGAUGGCUGCUCAUAACAAGCUAGUGGAACCACUGCACAGUGUGAAAGAAAGAAAACCCAGUCUUCCAAGAAAAUAACACCCUCAGAGCCAGCUGUCCAGUCCCCCAAAGAGAUAUACAGACUUUGAGGGAACAGGUCUUUAGGGAAGAAAGUUUCAUUGAUUAAAUAUUUAUAUGCCUUAGAUGAAAAUGAGUGUGUAGGUGGGUAUUUUGUACUCAGCUAUAGCUGAUUAGUAUAGGGCUGAAGCUUACAGAAAUUGGUGUUCUGUGCUGUAAUUUGAUUUUCUCUGAAAUGUGUUAUUUCUUGUUUUCUAUUGGCGUGUUCUACUUGCUAAAUAAGGGAAAUUGGACAUGGAACUGCCCAACGAGAACAUUUUUUAAAGUGCCCCCAAGGCACAGGGAGACACAAAAAGUGUGAAUGCAGUUUGUUUAGAAGAGGUCUCUGGUAACAUAUGGAAGAGUAGACCUGGGGAAAGUGGACACUUUGGACCUGAACACGAUUAGUGACAAGUAUAGGUCGGAGUGGGGAGGAAUAUCUCCUUUUCUUUUUUCUCCUUGUCUUCUGUCUCUUUCACAGUAGACCCCUUAGGGUCUGGGUUUAAUACAAUGUUUCACUCUCGAGAUCUGUGAGUUCAAAGCUAUACAUGUUGGAAAAUCUAUUAAGUUUGCCCAUCCGUUUAAAAUGCCUAGGCACUUUGCCAUCAUGUAAUACUCACUGAAUAAACAUUUAUCAUCAGCCACUAUGGGUGACAUACUAGGCACUAAGCUAGAUCAGAUAUAUUGUCCCUAGCCUCUAGGACCUUUCUCUGUUAGGGAUGACUAGUCAGUCAUAUUUUGCUGAAGGCAGGGCAUUUCAUGCUGUUGUCCCUCCUCUUCUAGACAAUGGGAACUUCCACUGUUGCUCAUUCCAGUCACUCUGUAGCCUUCUUACUAUGUGAUUUUUUAUGUGCCUAUGACAAGCUGCUGUUGGCUCCAUUUUGGGGGGCAAAGUCGUGAGUGUGAUUCAGGUGCCUCUGACAUAACUUUUGAAUACUGUUUUUCUACUUGUAUUUCAAUCUUAGCUUUUAUGUGAUUAGUAGAAUUCUGUUUUAAGCUGAUGGAUAAAUGGACUUGUUUACAAUGGGAUAUUUUCUAUUAAAUUCGAUGUUUUCAAAUGGAA